AUGGGUCGGGACAGCCGCUCGCGCUCGCGGUCCGCGGGGCGCAGGAGCCGGAGGCCGCGGAGCCGGAGUCGGAGCGGGAGCCAUGGGCGGCGACACCGGCGGCGCCGGGAGGGCGAGGGGCGGCGCAGGCGACGGCGGCGCAGCAGGGAGCGCAGGUCCGACACCGAGGACGACCGGGGGCAGCGGCGGGGGCGGCGGAGCCGGAGCCCCCGGGACCGGGGCUCCCAGGACCAGGGAUCGCAGUCGGACUCCGCCGAGGACUCGGGGCCGCAGGGCCGCGGGGCUCGCGGGCGCCGGCGCUCCCGGUCCGCGUCCUCGGCCUCGGCCGCGUCGCCGUCCCCCGCGCGCUCCCGCAGCCCCGCGGCCCUGAGCCCGCGGCGGAGCCUGCAGGAGCGGCUGCGGCUGCGCCGGGAGCGGAAGCAGCGCGAGGAGCUGCUCAAAGCCUUCGAGACGCCCGAGGAGAAGCGCGCGCGGCGCCUGGCCAAGAAGGAGGCCAAGGAGCGCAGGAAGCGCGAGAAGAUGGGCUGGGGCGAGGAGUACCUGGGCUACACCAACACCGACAACCCCUUCGGCGACAACAACCUGCUGGGCACCUUCAUCUGGAGCAAGGCGCUGGAGAAGAAGGGCAUCGGGCACCUGGAGGAGAAGGAGCUCAAGGAGCGGAACCGGCGCAUCCAGGAGGGCAACCGGCUGGAGCUGCAGAAGGUGAAGCAGCUGCGGCUGGAGCGCGAGCGGGAGAAGGCGCUGCGGGAGCAGGAGCUGGAGCUGCUGCAGCGCGAGAAGGAGGCGGAGCACUUCAAGACGUGGGAGGAGCAGGAGGACCACUUCCACCUGCAGCAGGCCAAGCUGCGCUCCAAAAUCCGCAUCCGCGACGGCCGCGCCAAGCCCAUCGACCUGCUGGCCAAGUACAUCAGCGCCGAGGACGACGACCUGGCCGUGGAGAUGCAUGAGCCCUACACGUUCCUCACCGGACUCACGGUGGCCGACAUGGAGGACCUGCUGGAGGACAUCCAGGUGUACAUGGAGCUGGAACAGGGCAAGAACGCCGACUUCUGGCGGGACAUGACGGUCAUCACCGAGGACGAGACGGCCAAGCUGCGCAAGCUGGAGGCCGCGGGCAAGGGGCCAGGCGAGCGCCGGGAGGGGGUCAACGCGUCGGUCAGCUCGGACGUGCAGUCGGUCUUCAAGGGCAAGACGUACAACCAGCUGCAGGUCAUCUUCCAGGGCAUCGAGGGCAAGAUCCGCGCGGGCGGCCCCAACCUGACUGGCUACUGGGAGAGCCUGCUGCAGCAGCUGCGCGCGCACAUGGCCCGCGCCAGGUGACUCCGCGAGCGCCACCAGGACGUCCUGCGGCAGAAGCUGUACAAGCUGAAACAGGAGCAGGGCGUGGAGAGCCAGCCGCUCUUCCCCAUCCUGCGGCCGGAGCCGUCCCCGAGCCCCAGCCUGGAGCCCGAGGAGCCGGCGCCCAGCCCCCCGGGGCCGUCGCUGGCUGAGGGCGCCCCCGCAGAGCCGCAGCCCGGGGCCGAGGGCGUGGCGGAGGCCGAGGGCGCCGGGGACGCGGACGCGGACGGGGACGGCGAGGCGGUGCUCAUGGAGGAGGACCUGAUCCAGCAGAGCCUGGACGACUACGACGCGGGGCGCUACAGCCCCCGGCUGCUGUCGGCGCACGAGCUGCCGCUGGACGCGCACGUGCUGGAGCCGCACGAGGACCUGCAGCGCCUGCAGCUGUCGCGCCAGCAGCUCCAGGCCACGGGCGACGCGAGCGAGAGCGCCGAGGACAUCUUCUUCCGGCGCGCCAAGGAGGGCAUGGGCCAGGACGAGGCGCCGUUCGGCGUGGAGGUGCCGCUGGGUGGCCGCGCCUACCUGUGGGCCGACAAGUACCGGCCGCGCAAGCCGCGCUUCUUCAACCGCGUGCACACGGGCUUCGAGUGGAACAAGUACAACCAGACGCACUACGACUUCGACAACCCGCCGCCCAAGAUCGUGCAGGGCUACAAGUUCAACAUCUUCUACCCCGACCUCAUCGACAAGCGCGCCACGCCCGAGUACUUCCUGGAGGCCUGCGCCGACAACCGCGACUUCGCCACGCUGCGCUUCCACGCGGGGCCGCCCUACGAGGACAUCGCCUUCAAGAUCGUGAGCCGCGAGUGGGAGUACUCGCACCGCCACGGCUUCCGCUGCCAGUUCGCCAACGGCAUCUUCCAGCUCUGGUUCCACUUCAAGCGCUACCGCUACCGGCGCUGAGCAGGCGGCCGGGCCGGGACCGAGACCCGCCCCCGAGCGUGUGGGACUGACAGACCCCGCCCCCGAGCGCGUGGGACCGAGACCCCGCCCCAGAGCGCGUGGGACCGACAGACCCGCCCCCGAGCGCCUGCCCCGGGGGCCCUGACCCACCCCAGAGACGGCCGGAACCAGGACUCCCACCCCAGUGAGCACCCGGCACCCCGUCCGCCCCACCCCAGAGCCCAGAGCGCAUGCCCGGGACCCCGCCCCGCCCAGUUUCGCCCGCGGCUGCCCGAGUCUGGGCCCCCCGCGCCGGGGACUUCAGUUUCCCUACAGAGACUUUUUCUAGGGGAGAUCGUGGAUUAUUUUCGCGGAGUUGUGCUGAGACGCAUGUUUUUUUAAUAAACGUUUUAUUUUAGAA